GAAUUAGCUAUUUCCAGUUGCAAUUCGUUUGAAAACAAAAUCAAGUACUGUAGAAAAUAUAUACAUUGUAAUGACGUUUCGCUUCCCCAGUCUUGUUCCCGGGGCUAUAGAUCCUCUGUGGUUUACAGUGGACCGUCCUUGUGAUGAUGAAAAUGAGUUGGAACAGCUAGAGAAGGCACACGACCUUUGGCUUGAAAGCAUAGCCAAGAAAGACAACAAUAUAGUUCCAGUAGGGAAAACUGCAUCAGAGCAUUUAGAGGAUGAUGAUGAAGAUGAGGACGAUGACGAGGGAGAUGACGAUGAUGAGAGUGACACAAACGACGAUGAACUGGACACAGACAUGUUAGAUGAACGGGACUCAGGAGAUGAUGCUGGUUAAUAGGGUUAGGUUAUGAUGAUGAAUUGGACACGAACAUGUUAAGUGAACGGGGCUCUGGAGACAAUGCUGUUCAGUCAUCCAUUUAUUGUUGUAUGUG